AUGGCAAGAUAUUAUAGCACAGAUGAAGUGUUGGAAAUGGUCCUGGACUCAGAGUGCCAGGAUAACUCCUCAUCCUCCUCCGAGGAUUCUGGAGAGGAAACGGAUAAUUCUGUGGAACUAGAGCAGCUGGAGUCCAGUUCCCACGAAGAAACAUCUGACGCUGAGAGCGAAGGGGAGAUGGAGGAAGCAGCUUCGGAAUGGACUGCAAAAAAUGGCAAAAUCGUUUGGUCCCCCACUCAUACGGAGACCCUCCGCUAUUUUCCUGCAGCUACAAAUGUCACCCCAGGACCGACACACUACGCUGCCGCCCGAAUCAGGGACCCGGCAUCCAGCUUUGCACUCCUCUUCACGGAUGAAAUUGUGCAGCACACGGUGGCCAUGACUAAUCCGCACGGGAGACGCGCAGUCGCCGGCUGGCGUGACAUGGACUGUGAUGAAUUGCGUGCUUAUGUUGGGCUGCUCAUCUUGGCCGGUGUUUACCGGUCAAGACACGAAUCGUCUCGCAGCCUCUGGGGUGAUAAAUGCGGACGGGAUAUUUUUCGAGCCACCAUGUCCCACAAGCGUUUCCAUCAAAUCGGCGGGGCGCUCUGUUUUGAUGAUAAGCUUUCCCGACCCCGUCAGGACAAGUUGGCUGCCUUCCCCAAGGUGUGGGAUUUGUGGACACAUCGCCUGGAGCUGCUCUUCAACCCAGGUAGAGACAUUUGUGUUGAUGAACAGCUCGUCCCGUUCCGGGGAAGGUGCAAGUUCAAGCAAUAUAUACCAACGAAGCCAGCAAGGUACGGUCUAAAAAUAUGGGCUGUAUGCGACGUGGAAACUUCCUACGCCUGGAGACUCCAGGUAUACACCGGCAAAGCUGGCGAUUGCGCGGAGGUGAACCAGGGGAUGCGGGUGGCCCUGGAGCUAAUGGAGGGGCUCCAGGGAAACGUGGUGACAUGUGACAAUUUUUUCACGUCCUUUGCCCUGGCAGAAGAGCUGCUGAAGAGGAAAGUGGCCCUAGUUGGAACGAUUAGGAAAAAUAAGCCGGAGCUUCCGCCUCGAUUGCUCCAGACAAGAGGGAGAGCGGUCCUGUCGUCUGCGUUCGCCUUCACGCUCACCCACACUCUCGUCUCCUAUGUCCCCCGACGUGGCAAAAAUGUGCUCUUGAUGAGCACAAACACCGCACUCCGGAUGUGAGCGGGGAAGGGAAGCAAGCCAGUAAUCAUCCAAGAUUACAAUCGGUGCAAAGGUGGCGUCGACAACCUUGACAAGGUUGUUGGCACCUAUUCCUCUAGGAGGAAAACAAAUCGCUGGCCAGUGGCACUCUUCCACAACCUGUUGGACGUGUCACUGUACAACUCCUACGUGCUGUGGACCGCUAUUGACCCAUCCUGGAAACAGCAGAAAAAUUACAAACGGAGGCUGUAUGUUGAAGAAGUGGGUGAAGCUUUAGUAAACCCACACAUACUGAAGCGAGGACGCCUUCCCCGCUCAUCAGGUGCUGCAGACAUCGUGACGAGUGGGCAGAGUGCUGCUGCAGGCCCCGCCCUGAUCCCUAGUUCCAAGGGCAGGAGACAGUGCGACUUCUGCGAUGAGAAAAGGAGACGCGUCGUCGGCACCUGCUGCAAAUGCGGGAAGUCCACAUGUAAGGACCACAUUGUGUUCAUUUGCAAAGACUGCGUCAACUGA